GAUUUCUGGUUUCGUAUUAUUUUGACAAUCUGGGACAUUCGUUAAUUUAUCUGCCAUUUUAAUGCACGUUUAGAAACAUUAAAACAAAAUAGUAAAUAUUGUUGCCUGUUAUGUGUUAAGAAUUAAACAGUUGACUUAUUGCUACUUUUUAAUUUUUCAAGUUCAUUACUGGUUUUGACUUAAUUGCAUUUUAGUAUACAUAAUACAUACAUAAAAUGUUACCUCUUUCAUUACUCAAAACUGCUCAAAAUCAUCCAAUGUUGGUGGAAUUAAAAAAUGGCGAAACAUACAAUGGACAUUUAGUAACAUGUGAUAGUUGGAUGAAUAUCAAUUUACGUGAAGUUAUCUGCACAUCUAAAGAUGGAGAUAGAUUUUGGAGACUUCCAGAAUGUUAUAUUAGAGGUAGUAUGAUUAAAUACUUAAGAAUACCAGAUGAAAUAUUUGAUAUGGUGAAAGAAGAUAUAGUUGUAAACAAAGCUCGUGGUCGAACAGAUAACCAGAAAAAUCGCGCUCCUAGAGGAGCUAGACAAGGAUUUGGAGGAGGAAGAGGAGGUGGUGGUAACAACCGUGGUAGUGGACCACAACAGAGAGGUGGCCCGAAUAAGUUUAGAGGAAAAUAAAUUGUGUAUUUUAUAAGUUAUACUUAUAUGAUAUGUUUAUAUUUAAAUUUAUAAAUGUAUAAUUUCAA